AUGAGCAGAGACGGCUUGGACAGGGUCAACAGACGCUGCCUCCGCAGGCGUGGCCAGGGGGGCAAGCCGGCGGAGGACUGCGGUGCCCCGUCGCCGCAGGGCAAGCGGAGCAAGCGCAGCCCCGUCCCGCAGUCCUUCGAGGACGUGCACACGCAGCGUGUGAUUGCCAACGUGCGGGAACGCCAGCGGACCCAGUCGCUCAACGACGCCUUUGCGGAGCUGCGGAAGAUCAUCCCGACGCUGCCCUCCGACAAGCUGAGCAAGAUCCAAACCCUCAAGCUGGCCGCCCGCUACAUAGACUUCUUGUACCAGGUCCUGCAGAGCGAUGAGCUGGACCACAAGAUCACCAGCUGCAACUACCUGGCCCACGAGAGGCUCAGCUAUGCCUUCUCCGUCUGGAGGAUGGAAGGGGCUUGGUCCAUGUCCGCAUCCCACUGA